CUCCUCACUCUCCUUUCUGUGUUGACUCCAGCCACAGCAGGAAGACAGCAUCCAUCAUGGCCUCUUACAGCUUCUCUCGCUCUUCCUCUUCAUCCAUCAAGUCCUCCAUGGGGGGCUCGGGCGGCUCCAUAGUUGGCAUCAGUUGUGGCGGCGGCGGAAAGAUUUCCUCCUCCGCGAGGGCUGCCAGCAUGUACGGAGGAGUCGGAGGAGUCCGCAUCUCCUCCUCCUCCAUCGGCAGCACCGGCCUCGGGGCCGGCUGCUACGGCGGAGGCUACUCGUCCUCCGUCAAGUACAACGUGUGCGGCUUUGAAGACAGCCUCAUUGGCAACGAGAAGUUCACCAUGCAGAACCUGAACGACCGCCUGGCCACCUACCUGGCCAAGGUGCGCUCCCUGGAGAAGGCCAACGCCGAGCUGGAGCUGAAGAUCAGGCAGUACGUGGAGAGCAGGGUCGGCCCUGCCGCCAGGGACUACACCGCCUUCUUCGCCACCAUUACUGACAUCACCGGCAAGAUUCAGGCGGCCGUCAGGGCCAACGGGGCCAUCCAUCUGAGCAUCGACAACGCUCGCCUGGCUGCAGAUGACUUCAGGACCAAGUACGAGAACGAGUUGGCCAUGCGUCAGUCAGUGGAAGCCGACAUCGCCGGGCUCAGGAGGGUCCUGGACGAGCUGAACUUGGCCAAGGCCGACCUGAGCUUGCAGAUUGAGGGCCUGAAGGAAGAGCUGAUCUUCCUCAAGAGGAACCACGAGGAGGAGCUGCUGGCGUUGCGAGCUCAGGUGGGCGGUCAGGUCCACGUGGAGGUGGACGCCGCACCAGGAGAGGACCUCACAAAGGUCAUGGCUGAAAUCAGAGAGCACUACGAAGGGAUCGCCGCCAAGAACCAAAGAGAACUGGAGGCCUGGUUCCAUGCCAAGACGCAGGCUCUGAACAAAGAGGUGGUCACUCAGACAACCACCCUGCAGACGUCCAGGACGGAGGUGACGGAGGUCAAGCGGACGCUGCAGGCCCUGCAGAUCGAGCUGCAGUCCCUUCUGGGCCUGAAAGCGUCGCUGGAGGGGACUCUGGCUGAGACACAAAGCCGCUACGCCAUGCAGUUGUCCUCAUACCAGAUGCAGGUCACGUCCCUGGAGGAGCAGCUGGUCCACCUGAGGGCCGACCUGGAGCGUCAGGGACAGGAGUACAAGCUGCUGUUGGACAUCAAGACCAGGCUGGAGUUGGAAAUCGCCGAGUACAGGAGGCUGCUGGACGGAGAGGCGACUGGCAGUUUCAGCAGCUCCUCCUCCUCGACCACCAAGACCAAGCGGACGGUGACGGUGGUGGAGCAGGUGGUUGAUGGGAAGGUGAUCUCCUCGUCCCACUCCGCGUCCUCCACUUUCCGCUGAGCUGCUGCAGAGGGAAACAGCCAACCAUCAUCAUCGUUCACUGAUGCUGAGCAGAGAAUCUGACCAUGAAAAAUAAAUAUGAUGAGAGUCCAAAUGAA